AUGUCUAAAAGUAGCAAUUUAGUUAAUAUAGAUAUUGAUAUAGACGGAAAGGACUUUGUAUUGGCUUUGGAUAUAGAUGGACAGAUAUACAGUUUUGGUUAUAAUAAAUGGGGACAACUGGGAAGGGAUAUCAUUCACAGAGACCUCAAACCGGAUAAUGUGUUGAUUUCAAUGGACGGACGCAUAAAGUUAUGUGACUUUGGUUUGGCUAAAGAGGUCUAUAAUCUGGAGCCGUAUUUAAUGUCUACAGCAAAACAUACGGCAGAUGUAGGAACUGAAAACUAUAUGGCACCGGAAGCUCAGACUAAAGAUUACGAUCAUAAAGCUGAUAUCUAUAGUCUAGCACUAAUUGGGGCUCAAAUUUUUGGUUUCGAUACAUACGAUAUAAUUGAGGGAAAAUUGGACACAACGACCUGA